AUAUCGAGCCUGCAGAAGACUGGGUGCCGGUGCCACGUGCCCCUGUCAGCGUAGGAAGGGAAGGGGGCUCAGACAGCCCAUCCCACCCACUCGCUCCCCACGGAGGAGCGGCGACCCGCGGGAGGAGGGAGCGAAGGCUUCUGGUGGGAACCUCGGUGCUGGGACGGUGGACUCGGUGCAGCUCUCUGGACAGUGGGGUCCAGGCUGAUGGCUGAUGAUGUCAGGGACUAACAACGUUGCCCAGGCCCGGAAGCUGGUGGAGCAGCUGCGCAUUGAAGCCGGGAUCGAGCGCAUCAAGGUCUCCAAAGCCUCGUCAGAACUGAUGAGCUACUGCGAGCAGCAUGCCAGGAGCGACCCCUUGCUGGUCGGCGUGCCAGCCUCUGAGAACCCGUUCAAAGAUAAAAAGCCCUGCAUAAUUCUCUAGCACACUCUCUCUCUCUCUCUCUUGCUCUCUCUACCCUUCCUGCCCUCCCACGUAUUAUCCAGUUUUUACUGUAAGAAAAAUAUCUGAGUUUCUCACACUUUGAUUUCUAAAGAAACAGAAACUAAUAGAAGCAGAUCCUCUUGAAUAAGGUGGCGUUUGCCCGCCCAGAUGUUAGCCGCCCCCACCCCCUCGGGUCAAGUGUCGCUGGGAACCUGAGCAAUGGGGCUGUGUUACGAAACUCCCCUUAGCUGGCCCUGGGGACAUGGCUCAGCGGGUGAGAUGCAUGUCUUACCAGCAUGAGGACCUGAGUUCUGAUCCCACACACAAAGCCCAGGUGCAGGGGGGCAUGCCUGCGCCCCAGCCCUCGGGGACAGAAGUCAGGAUCCCUAGGGUACCGAGCUCCAACGAGGAAUAUAGCCAGCAUCCGCCUGUUACUCCACACCUGGCACCCUGUGCUGCCCGGUGUCCCUCCUGAAUGUGGUCCUGUCAUAUCCGCCCGCGGUGAUGUCCUUUCUCUGGGGACCCAACCCCUUUCAGAAACAGACUUCCAGGUCCCCACACAGAACGAGCUGUUGGUGGUAUGACUGAGUGGGUGAUUUGUUUUCUCCUAAGCCUGAGACCCAUGUGGCCACCGGCAGCUCCUUCCCCAUUUUCCCUUUACCAUUUGCCGUGUGAGGGCAGAAACGCAGGGUUAAUUCUUUUGAAGUGAUUGAGAAAGAGUCACAGACAUGGGGUCCUGCAUCCCACAUGGGGGUGGUGACUGUGACUCUGGAUCCCCUUUCCCCCUCCUUGGAUCAAAUCACUUUCCAACUGGCUGGAAGAGGAGACCCUCAGUGUGAGGACUGCGGACCAGCUCUGCAUUUCACCCUCACUGAAAGAUCCUAGUGGGGGACUACACCCUGACCACACCCCCAGUCCAUGUCUAGGGGAUUCUGGGCGGAGCUCUACCCUGACCACGCCCCUAGCCCCAGCCCCCUCACUGGGGGUUCUGGGCGGGGCUCUACCUUGACCACGCCCACGCCCCUCACUGGGGGAUUUUAGGCAGGAUCUCCACUUUCUAUUUUGUGAGAAUAGUCUGUCAUCCAGGCUGGCCCGGAACUGGAGAUCUUCCUGCCUCUGCCUCCAGAGUACAUGUAUGACUGGCCUCUGCUUCCUUGCCUGGCAUAGAGUUGGAUUCCAAGCGACCGGGCCUCUAUACAUAGCAGUAACAGAGGCAGGUUGCAGGAGGAAAAGGCUUGGCUGUGCCAACCCUCACAGGCAUCCUCAGCAUCAGGAUGACCAUGGAUUCAGGAGUGUCCCGCGGUCUCAGGCCCUCGUGGGAAGACCAGUGCAGGCACAGACUGCAGAAAUGAAGCCAGUCCGGUUCUGUCCUGUGGCCCUGGUGAAAAUCAGCUUCUAAGAACCUGAACCAGGCUGGUCCCUGGACAGUUGCCCAAGUUGCCCGUGGGGAAAGUAAAUGAGUCUCGCUCAGCCCACCUCACCUCCCAGCCCCUCCGGGCACAACCUACCUCCUAGGUAAGGUGGCACGGCCCCCAGCUCAUUCUGAUGGGGCAAGGGAAAGACAUUCGUGGUGAGACUAAGGGGAGACAUUGCGGGUGCUAAAAGGGGACCCCGUCCCUCCUCCCUGGGCUGGCUCCCAGAGGACACAGACCGAAGGUCAGAAACCUGCUGUGCAUCGACUCCUCAUUACUGGUCAAGGACGAUCAGAAGCUUUGGGAAGACCCUGACUCCCUGAAGUUGUGCUGGGAUCAGAAAAGCCACUGUGUCUCCCCAAAACUAUAGCCACCUUGCCUUAGGGUGUGAACCAGAGCCCCAGGGUGUAUGUACCCAGACUCACUGGCAAGGAGAGACAGAAAAGCACAUUUUGGGAAUUGGGGCUGCAGCGUGGUGAGAACACUCACCUGGUGUGCCAGAACCUUGCUCGGGCUUCCAUCCCCAGCUUGCCAAAGCCAGGCCUGGGCAGACUGCAGAGGCAAGGGCAGCAGGAUCAGGACUUGGAUGGUCAUUCUUUGCAUAAUUCAUUCGAGGCUAGCCUGGGCUACACGAGACCAUGUCUCAAAGAGAGGAAAUUCAGCUCACUCUUCCAUACCCCCGCACCCCAGCCUCCCUCGGGCGAGGGUGCUAGCAGCAGAUGCCAUGGCCAGUCCAUGUGUGGUCACAGCGAGUUUUCCUUCCUCCACUCUGGAGGAAAAGCUCAAAUUGUCAUCUGUGCCUGAAUAAACCGCGCACUGCAGGCCAAGGGCAAAGUGACCUCUUGCUGCCUGGGGAAAGGUGGGAUGUGCUCAGCUAGUGUUCCCAAGAUGGACCUUGGGCCCCAGAAUAGUCUCCAUGUCCCUUCUUAACCACCAGAGGAGAAGCCUGGACACAAGGGAGCCAUCAGGAGCCAGGCUGUGGUGGUGCACACCUUAAGCUCCAGCACUCAGGAGGCAGAGGCAGGGGGAUCUCUGUGAGUUCGAGGCCAGCCUGGUCUACAGAGCGAGUUCCAGGUCACCCAGGGCUCUAGAGACACAGUCUAGAAAAAGUAAAGAUGCAAACAGUGAGAUCUGCUUUAGUUUGAGCGACCGAGGAGGGACUUCCAACCCAAGCAGAAGCCGCCACACUGUCCCCUGUCCUCAGCAGUGAGCAACCGAGGAGGGACUUCCAACCCAAGCAGAAGCCGCCACACCGUCCCUUGUCCUCAGCAGAAGCCGUACGCAUCCUCUCUGACUGUCUAGGACACAACGGCCAGACAGGACAUCACACAGCAUUUCCCGUUCCCUGCACCCCACUCCAGGCCCCGGCUCCCACCCCACUUCCCAUCUGCGUUGUGACAUUGGUUGGUUUUCAUUUCUGGUUUUAAGAAAUUCUGUUGUGCCACCGCCACCGUCUGUGUGGCGUGCGGGCCACAGCGGUGUGCUGCUGCAGAAUAAAAGCCGUCUUCUCUA